CCUUGGACUGCAUCACCAUUUGCAGGUCUUCGUGGUCGACCUAGAUCAUCACCGCCAUUCAGGCCCAUCUAAGAUGACCCUGCAAUAACAAUAACAGGCGCACGAUGGCGCCGCCUACUCCGUCACCCCCUACAAGUCCUAUCACCACUGCAACACCGACACCUUCUCCCGCUCCCUCACCUAUUCCGCCUCCCGUCCCAGUCGAGACUCAUCCGAACCGGGCAAAGCCUCAAUUACAUCGCCUCACUUCAGACCCGAGUCGCCUCGCACCAGAGGAUGCAUACAGGACAUUCUCGCCACCGCGACUGCGACCUGUCCCUGAGAUCAAUGGCUCUGCAGCUGCAUCCGCUGCGGCCGCUGCUCUUAGACCGGCAGUCGCGUCUUUACGAGCACCGCCUGCUAUACCUCCUGUUGCAGCACGGCUUGCUGAAGAACGAAGGCGCGCAGCCAGCAGGAGGCGCAAGCAACCGCAUGUUUGGAAGAAGUUGCUGUGGAUCAAACAACAUGGAUUCCCAGACAAUUAUACAGACACCGAGACCUUCUUGGAUCAUUUGCAGAGAAAUCCGAGGCUCAGACCUUACGAUUUCUGGCCAUUGGUAGCAGACUCGGCAGUCAUUGUGCAGCAUGUGUGCUCGGUUGCCAUCUUCGUCUGCGCAUACGCGGGCAUCUACCAAGAUCGUCUGUCUCCGGUGUCGGUAGUGACAUGCGGCACGAUCGCUACAGUGGGUGGAUGGAUUGUAUGGGAUCACUGGAUGGGUCAGGAAGAGGCAGAAGAGAUGGCCGCUGUCAAGAAAGCAAACAGACUAUCUGUGGAUGUUGACGACGGGUCGAGCACAAGUUCUACUGGCUCAGCAAAACUGAUAAUGAAUGGCAAUGGUCAUGCGAACGGACAUGCAAACGGCGGCGUGGGCGGCCGUGGCCUCAGUCUGAAAUUGUCGACCAGCAAUCUGGCUGUCAAGGAGAACGAGUCGAAGUUUGCCGGCAAGCAUGGCCAAUCUCUAUCCAAAUCCUCUUUCCAAUCGAUAUCACCCAUUGAUGCUCUGGGCGACUCACAAAUGGAACCCUUUCCGGAUCUUCGUCCGACCACGUCUCAUUCACAAGCUCCUCAAUCACCUAGCAUUAUCUACUCUCCAACCACGUUGCCAGCGUCAAUCUCUCCACGCAAUCAAGCACGUCUCAAGACUCUCAAAUCCGCCGGUCUGAUCUAUUUUGCGCUUCUCGGGUUGUCGCCGAUACUCAAGUCCUUGACCCGAUCAACUUCAUCCGACUCAAUCUGGGCUUUGGCUACCUGGCUCCUAAUCAUCAAUAUCUUCUUCUUCGACUACAGCAGUCUUUAUGUUCCCGCCAAAUCUCAGCCAUCGGCUUCUUCAUCAGAAAAGUCCAAAACUACUCCGGCUGAUACGACACGCCCACACACACACGCCUCAUUCCGUGCUCCUGCAUUUCCAUCUUCGUUGUCGACAAACGCAGCGCUGAUGGCAAGUACAGUGUUGGCAUCACGGCUGCGGACCACAACAGCCGUGUUUAGUCUGACUCUUUUCUCCAUCCAGGUAUUGGGGCUGUUCCCGGUGUUUCGACGGCAUCUUCGCCACAAGUCGUUCAAUCUACAUCUACUUCUUACCUUUGCUCUUGUCACCAUGUCGACCUGUGGGUUGAGCUUGAUAUUGUCCAAGUCAUACACACAUACAUACGGUGACUGUGGAUUCUGUCUGGGCUGGGUAUGGCAUGUCAUAAAACGGUGCACCAUUGGAUUUGCGAUAGGAGGGUUCAGUACAGCAUUUGUCAUGGGAGGUUGUUCCUGGUGGUUGAUUGGGUUGCAGCGGUACAAAAAUGUGGUUAUCGGUCCUUGGGAUCCGGCCAAACCUGUUCUGGCCGGUGGUGUCUAUGGACGAAGUAGAACAGGUACAGAUUAAUGUUUAUGUCAUUCUGCU